AUGUCAUCAGUAACCCCCACAAAACGCGAAAAGAAAUCUAAAAAACAUAGCAAAGAAGACAAAGGCCUUAAACGCAAACGCCACGCAGAAUCCUCACAGCCUUCUCUGUCCCCGGAGAUAUCCAAGAAACCUCGAACUGCCAUUGCCUCUACAAAAAAACAAGCUCAAGCUCAAAAUGGCGAACCAAAAACCCCAUUUCACCUCAUGACAACUUCAUUAUAUCUUUCCGUGUCCCCUCGAUACUCCUUCUGGCCCGAAGAGACGUUUGGCCAUCUCAUCUCAAACCCGGAUCCGUCCCUCCGCCCAACCUCCGAGCAGGCUGCACGGAUGCUCUCUUUCACUCCAAUCAACGGCCUACGGAAAGAUCACCUUGAUCCACUUCUAAUGAGCUAUUACGAGCCUCUUGACGGCGUUGUAAUUGCAUACGACAAUAUCCGGUUCGAGUCUGACAAAGCCCGCAUUGCAGCAGAGUCCCCGUUUGCACACGUCUGGGUCACUGUUGACUUCCUUGUAUGGAAACCAAAAAAGGGCGAUGUCUUGCAAGGAUGGGUCAAUCUGCAGAGUGCAUCACAUGUGGGGUUAUUAGUGGAGAAUACGUGGAAUGUCAGUAUCCCUAAGGAAAAGAUUCCGGAGAGCUGGAGUUAUCAUGAGGUGGGAGAGGAAGAGGGGAUGGAGGGGAUGGAGGGCGUGGAAUAUGGGAAUGCCGAGAUAGAUGCUGGUGGAUGGAUGGAUGCAAACGGUGAAUAUGUGGAUGGGCUCCUCAAAUUCCAGGUAGAAUCCGUUCAAGCAAUUGGGCACAUAUUUUCAAUGGAGGGGAGCUUGCUGAACACCGAGGUUAUUGAGAGCGUGGUGUUUUCGGGUAAAAAAGAGAAGAGGAAAGAUAAAAAACAUAAAAAGUCUAAAUCUUUAGCGGCAGAAUAA